AUGUGUCCCCAUUGCGGACGCACGUUUAAGCGGACGGAGCAUCUGGAGCGCCAUGUGCGAACGCACACCAAGGAGAAGCCCUUUCUGUGUCACUGUGGGGCUGCCUUUGCGAGACGUGACCUCCUGACGAGGCACUUUCGCGUCGCGGACCAUGGUGAGCAGCCCACGCCUUCGGACAAGUCGUCGGGCAGAGGGACGCAGGAGCCGAAUGUCCACAUGGACGUGAGACCUGGGCUGGAUCGACACGACACGGGCGAGGCUGAUAUUGCGGCUGCCGUGUCCUUGUCCGGACUCAGUGGUGAUCCAUGGCAUGCGCAGCAGGGACCGCCUGCGCCUCCGCCUCAGCACGAGAUCAACACUGGUCUACCACAUCAAGGCCUCCAGGAGCAAGGCAUACCUCCUCCUCCGUCUCUGCACAGUCAACAGAGCGGUCCUCUUCCCCACGAGGUGCCGCAGCCGCAGCCGAUAGCACAGCAGCCCAUGCCAGGGCCCCUCGAUGACCAGAGACGCAAUGGGUUCAUGGACACGGGCCAGUUUGUGCCGGGCGUGCUGUCGCCGCAGCUCUUUGACGGGAGCGUCGACUUUGACCCGCACUUUCGCGAGUUUGCCAACUUUCUGGACGGCGUCGGCCUGCCCACCGAAUGGAGUCCCUACUUCAACAACCCGGAGAGCACCAUUGACCCUGGCCUGAAGGAAGACGGCGGCGAGGCGGCCUCCCCAAAAUCGGGGCCUCGGACACGCGCUGGGACGCCCUUUAGCUCAUGGCUCCCGUCUGCGCCGACGGGCAACAGGAUAGCCAACUAUGUCUCCAUCACCGACAACCCACGAGCCAUUGACCCAGAGACACGCCCCUUUAAGAUCACAGAGGACCAGCGCAGCAAGCUGCUUGGCUCCCUCGAGCCACUCGCGCCUCUCCUCCCACCUGGCUUCCGCCUCCCCUCGCGUCACGCCCUGACGCGCUAUAUCACCUCCUUCUUCGAGGGCUUCCACUCCCACAUGCCCUUCAUCCACCCGCCGACAUGGCACGUUCUCGAGCACCCGCUCGAACUCAUCUUGGGCAUCGCCGCCAUUGGCGCGCAGUACUGCUUCGAGCACCGCGUCUCAGGACGUCUCUUCUACUCGGGCAAGGCCAUCCUCAUGGAGCGCCUCGGUCGGGGUGCCGAUGGUCUCGGACCCCGAACGCGCUCCUUCAUGACGCUCAACUCCCCCGGCACCAUGGGCCUCAACGGCAUCGACGGCGGCAUCAACGCCGUCGAGACGGUCCGUGCGCUCAUCACACUCAUGGGCUUCGCGACAUGGGAGCCCACCUCGACCAUGGUGCAGGAGUCGUUCAGUCUGCAGGGUCUGCUCACGCACGUCCUGCGCGACAUUGGCCUCGACGAGACGGAAGCUUCGUCACCAGAGUCGAGCGCCGCCCCCGAGGGCGAGGGGCUCGAGCACGAGUGGCGCGCCUGGGUCGACGCUGAAUCGCACCGUCGCACCAAGCUCAUUGCCUUUUCGUUCCUACACACCCACAGCAUCGCGUACAACGUGUACCCAGUCCUGCGCAGCAACGAGGUGAAUUUAAGGCUGCCUUGCGCGACCAAGGAGUGGAAGGCGCCCACGCCCCAGCUCUGGCACGCCGCAAGGCGCGAGGUUGGUCGGCAGCAGCUCUACUUCCAGGAGGCGCUGAGCGUCCUGCUGAGGAACAAGGAGUGCGCGGCAGCCUUGGAUCCCAUCCCCACGCCGCUGGGCAACUAUGUCCUGCUGCACGGGCUUCUGCAGCGGAUACAUAUCGUGCGGGACCUCAGCCUGCCAGUGAUGAGUAGCUCUGCCGCGCUGCCGGCGGAGGAGGUGGAGAAACUGGAGCGUGGUCUUCGCUCAUGGACGUCUGGGUGGCAGCAAGCUCCCGAGUCGACACUCGACCCGAACAACGAGAAUGGACCGAUCCCAUUUACGUCGUCCUCGCUGCUCGCGCUCGCGUACGUCCGGAUCUACCUCCACCUCGGCCCCUACCGACACCUCGAGACGCGUGAUCCGCACCGCAUUGCGUCGGCCAUCUUCCAGAGUCCCGACAUUGAGCGCAGCGACGGCGUGAUUGCCGCGCUGCUGUAUACGGCGCACAUGAUUAGCAUACCGGUGCGCCUGGGCGUCGAUCGCGUGGCACGGAGUCAGGCGUUCUUCUGGAGUGUGCGGCACAGCCUGGCGAGUCUGGACUGUGGUGUCUUGCUGAGCAAGUGGCUGUCUCGGCUGGGCGACACGGUGGCCUCGUUGCCUCUGAGUGACAGCGAGGAUCGCAUCCUGCAUUGGGUCCGCUGCAUCGUCGAGGAGGCCUACCAGGGCGUCGACUUUCACGAGGAGCACGACAUUCCCCAGUUUCUGGAUUUCCGCGAUCCUUCCAACCUCAGUCUGGCGGUGAUCAAGAUAUGGGCGCACUUUUUCAAGAGUAAUACCCAGUGGCCGUUUAUCAACGUUAUCGGCCAGAGUCUGGAGCGGUACCGCGAUAUGCUAGUGCAGAAGCGGCUGAGGGAGAUGGCGAGGGUGCAGUGA